AUGGAUGCCAUAUCAUUUGCAACAAAUACAACCGCAUCCGAAAUUCCUUCUCAAAACAGCACUAAUGACAGCAAGGAUAAUGAUCCAAAUGUGACCACAAGCAGUGCAAACGUUGAUAAUUCAAUAGCGAAUUCAAGCAGUCAAGACAAUCUAGCUAGCAAAUUGGACGAUGAUAUGGAUGAUGAAAUGAGAUUAAUCAUUUUCGAUGAGAAGAUCUCGAACUCGCCAUGUUCAUCAGCUAAUGAAGAGCAUGAAAAUGUAAGCAAGCCUUCUGAAACCAUGUCGUGUGGCUCAUCGGUAAAGAAUCCUGAAGGAACAACUCAAGCAAACUCAACUACUACGACAGCUUCGGGCCAUUCGAAGUCACCGAAAAAGAAUUUGCAAGAGGAUCAGAAUUUAUUCCGUGAUCGAAUGGAAUCAUUAAACGAUUUAUCGUUAAAGGUGCAACCGGCCCCAGAGACAUUCUCAUGGCCAGACUAUCUGCAAGAGACAAAUUCCGAAGCGGCUCCCCCCGAAUACUUCUUCCAGGAUCCAACAAUCCCAGAAAAUAAGUUCGAAGUAGGGCAUAAAAUCGAGCUGCCUGAUCCACGAGGAAACGAUGUGCAGUGCAUCGCGACAGUUGUAUCGGUGCAUUCGGUUUGGAUAUGUGCGCGAUUGGAUGGUGAAGAUGCGAGUAAUGAUCAAUGGAUGAUCUGUGAUGACGAUCGGAUAAGGCCUGUUGGAGAUGCGGAACGGAAAGGUAUCGGUCUACAGCCACCUUAUGGGUUCAUGUACAGUCUUGCCAGCUAUCAUAAGUUCAUCGAAAAUCAACUGAAACCGGAUAAGGAUGGAACGCCGGUUAUUGCACCGGACGAAUGUUUUGCUCCGAUCUCGUACCGUUUCCAUCCGGACUCGAAUAUGUUCAAAGUGGGUCAGAAGUGUGAAGCGGUCGAUUACAAGAACUUCAACGGGCGACCGUGUCCAGCGACAGUGGUCGAGGUGAUUGGAGAUCUGAUCACAAUUGGAUACGACGGAUGGAAUCAGGCGUACGACACAAAGCAGCGAUUCGAUAGCCGACACAUAUUUCCGAUGGGUUGGAGUGAGAAGGCUGGACUGGAGGUACAGCCUCCGAUAAGGAUAAAGGGAAAAGUAAAGCAGCCGAUUCUGCAUUUGGAGGUUACAGUGGCGGACAGCGGCAGUCAAAAGAACGCAACUCCAAAAGCAACGAAAUCUGGAGCAUCGGGAAAAGCAUCUUCAACGAGUCGUACACCGAGCAAAGGUGGUGGUUUAGUGGAUGAGAAGAGUCGUGUGGCAAUCGUGAAUCCAUUGCCGGAUGAAUUGAAACCAGCGAAAACGAAAGAGACUCAUACGAAGCGAAUCUCACCGAAAAAUAUUGGUCAAAACUUAGGAAGAGCAUUCCAAGGAGCCAGCGGUGAUAUGAUGAAAAGCGAAAAAGCGGCAAGUGAUUCUGGA